UAUCCCGCAGGCCUAGCGGGUAGUGCCAGGGACGGGUGGAGGCGGAAGUGGCGGCCCGGGCCCCGGGAGUAGGAAGGAGCCGGGGCUGCAGCCGGAGUGGAGCGGCUGCUAACUGAGGAGCAGGCUUGGCUGCGGCGCCAUAUUGCGGCCCUAAGCGGCCGCGACCGAGUCAUGGCCGAAACAUAUGACUUCCUCUUCAAAUUCCUGGUGAUUGGCAGUGCAGGAACUGGCAAAUCAUGUCUUCUUCAUCAGUUCAUUGAGAAUAAAUUCAAACAGGACUCCAACCACACAAUCGGUGUGGAAUUCGGAUCUCGGGUAGUCAAUGUGGGAGGGAAGACUGUGAAACUACAGAUUUGGGACACGGCUGGCCAGGAGCGGUUUCGGUCAGUGACACGGAGUUACUACCGAGGGGCAGCUGGAGCCCUGCUGGUGUAUGACAUUACCAGCCGGGAGACUUACAACUCACUGGCUGCCUGGCUGACUGAUGCCCGCACACUGGCCAGCCCCAACAUUGUGGUCAUCCUUUGUGGCAACAAGAAGGACCUGGACCCUGAGCGUGAGGUCACUUUCCUGGAAGCCUCCCGCUUUGCCCAGGAGAAUGAGCUAAUGUUCCUGGAAACUAGCGCUCUCACAGGGGAGAACGUGGAAGAGGCUUUCCUGAAGUGUGCCCGCACUAUCCUGAACAAGAUUGACUCAGGUGAGCUCGACCCUGAGAGGAUGGGCUCAGGCAUUCAGUACGGUGAUGCUUCCCUUCGCCAGCUGCGGCAGCCGCGGAGUGCUCAGGCUGUGGCCCCUCAGCCCUGUGGCUGCUGAUACCUGUGGAGCCAGCUCACCUGUUCUCCAGGACCAGCCCUGUCCUUCCAGCUGGGGUCCAGACCCAGGCCCUUGGAGGCUGAGCCCCUCACCUGCCCUAGCCCCACAGAAGCUGCCCGGACACCUCUCCUCUUUCCCUUGCCUGGUGGGGCCUGGCUGAGGGGCAAGACUGAGCCACAGGGGAAGGGGGAAUCCGUACCUGCUGCUGCUUCCUCUGUCUUGGCUACCCCCUGUCCUCCCUGAACUCCUAACCAUUCUCAAAGAGUUCCCAAAGCCUGAGACCAAGGCCAUUUGGCCCCAGCUCCCCUGGCCCUGCCAUUGUGAGUACAAGUUAUUUAUUACCUGGAGGCCUGUCCCCCCCACCCCACCCCCAUAAAGCAUUGUUUAUACCUGUGUCUUGGCCUCCAUCAUGUUGGGGUGGCCAGAAGGGAGGGGAGGCAGAAGAGGUUCCUGAUAGAAGAAUAUCAAGGGUCCUGAUGUUCUGAGCCAUGUUUCUGGGUAGGACAUGGUGUGGAGGUACACGCUGACUCUGUGACUCAGGUGCCUGUUGUAGAGGGAGUCUGUCAUUGUGUACACAUUUUGUGAUUGUGUGCGCUGCAGACCUGCAUGUGUAUCAUGGAUGUCCCUGUGUUUGUGCCAUGAUUAAUGGUAUCUGUAGGCAUGUGUGUUGUUUGUGUGUAUAACACUGUUGUUUGUGAUGACUGUGUUUUCAGUGAUUGUAUUCAUGAGGCUGGUGUUGCUUGGGACACCAAACAACAUGAAUAAGAAUUCAGGCCUGUGUGUAAUACUUAUGCAGGUCUAAUGUCUGAACAUCCCAGGCAGUGUCUGACUUGUGUGUGUGAGUAUGCAUGUGUGCACCUGAGGUCUCGGUGUUUUGAUGUAAAUUUGGCUCCUUUGAUACACCUGUGGGUGACCAUGAACCCUUUCUGUGUGUGUGUCCCUCAGCACUGUGUGGGCCUUUGUGCAACCUGGACUCUCGUGCAUACUGGAGUCUGGCAUGUUAUCUUUGUGUAGGUGAACCGCACACACCAAAUGCUCUGCUGAGGACAUGUGAGGUCCCCUCCAGACACUCCCAACUGCUCUGUCACCCCCAAGUCAGCUUUAACCCACACCCAAGAGGCCUGAGUCUCUGCUCAGCCUAGGUUGAAGUGGAGGAGGCGGGGCAUUUAAAUGACCUCAUCAGCACAGUCCUUCCACUUCUAGUAGGAAGGACUAGAAUUUGGUGCUUAAAAGACAUGAGGCUAUCCUGCAAAUAUCUUCUGUGCAAUAGCUUUCCUAGGUUGCUUUAUUUUGACUCCCACAAUUGUCUCAAGGGGCAGGGAAGGAGUGGCUUAUGAUAUAUCUGUACAUCCCUUUCAAUGCACUCUCCCUCCUCUCAAUGAUGCUUCUCACGUUUUCCCUCCGUUAUAUAAAUGCCUUGUGUAAAUUA